AUGUCUACUGCUACAGUGACUACUCCCAAGAAGAGCCACCAUGGGCUCUUCUCCGCUAGAACAGCUGGAGGUCGCAUGCCUUUGACCCCGUCUCCUCGGGGCAAGUCCGGUGCUGCUACCCCCCAAGCUUUGAACGACUCUCCCUUCACUCCUCCUCGCCCUGCUGAAGCCGGCCGCAGCCAGUCCAAGUCCGUCUAUGGCGGUAACCUCUCCUCACACUUCGCCAAGUCAAGUACAAGCACAAGCACUGCCAAAUCGUCUUCCACCGCCAAGGCAUCAUCUACCGCCAAGGUAUCGUCUCGAGGCUACCGCGAAUCCCCCAAGUCCAACAUUGCUCGCAUUCGCCGUUCACCAAAGCACCUCGAGUUGGGCGUCUCUGACUGGUCUCUGACUGGUACUGGUCCCGACUCUCCCGCGAAGUCGCGAGCUCGCCGAGAUGUUCCCAGUCGUACCCGUCCGGCGGGAAAGACCACGAUGCGCAUUCAACACAAUGCCGGAGAUCGUUUCAUUCCUAAUCGCGCUGCUAGCGAGGGUAUUGUGACAACGGGAGCUGCGAAGCCUGAGGAGCAACGGCCGAAGACCGGUGGCAGCGAGGGAUCAGGAUCGAGUGUCCUGGCUUCAGCUGCCAGUGCUUUCGACAUCAACGGCCGUGGAUCCGAGGAGGACCUGACUGCUGCUUUGGAGAACCUUGGUUUGGAUGACGACGAAUCUUCAAAGUACUCUCGGCCGGCACCCGAUGCGGUUGCUUACGAGUCCUCCCUGGCCAACGCCUGUGGGGUCAACCUGAACACUCGUAUCUUGGCCUUCAAGCCCCCGCCCCCGGAGUCAUCGAAGCCCAUUGACCUUCGUGCUCAAUACAACCGUCCUCUUCGUUCUUCCAAGUCUACAAACGCCCAGUUCCGUCGCCGUGUUCAAACUGCUCCCGAGCGUGUGUUGGAUGCCCCAGGUCUUUUGGAUGAUUACUAUCUCAACUUGUUGGACUGGAGCUCUGGCAACCAGGUCGCUAUCGGUCUCGAGCGCAAUGUCUACGUCUGGUCUGCUGAGUCUGGCACCGUCAACUGCCUUUUGGAGACCUCUCCCGAUACCUACAUUAGCAGUGUCAAGUGGAGUGGAGAUGGUGCUUACGUUGGUGUUGGUCUUGGAACUGGUGAGGUUCAAAUCUGGGAUGUUGAGGAAGGAACCAAGCUCCGCAGUAUGUUCGGUCACGAUUCCCGUGUGGGUGUGAUGGGCUGGUCCAAACACACUCUCUCGACUGGUGCCCGUAGUGGUCUCGUUUACAACCACGAUGUCCGCAUUGCUCAGCACAAAGUGGCCGAGCUCGUCUCUCACACCUCCGAGGUCUGUGGUCUGGAGUGGCGCUCUGAUGGCGCGCAGCUCGCUACUGGUGGCAACGAUAACCUAGUCAACAUCUGGGAUGCCCGUUCCCUUAGCGCUCCCAAGUUCACCAAGACCAACCACCGUGCCGCAGUCAAGGCUCUCAGUUGGUGCCCCUGGCAGUUGAAUCUCCUCGCCACAGGUGGUGGUUCUUACGAUCGUCACAUUCACUUCUGGAACACAACAACCGGUGCCCGUACCAACAGUAUCGACACCGGCUCUCAGGUAACCAGCCUUCGGUGGAGCAACCACUACCGCGAGAUCGUUAGUUCCAGUGGCUUCCCCGACAACUCGCUUAGCAUCUGGAGCUACCCUACUCUGGUUCGCAACGUCGAGAUCCCCGCCCACGAGACCCGAGUCCUUCACAGCAGUCUCAGUCCUGAUGGCCAGAUGCUGGCCACUACUGCGGCUGAUGAGAGCUUGAAGUUCUGGAAGGUCUUCGAGCGCAAGGCUGGCAGCAGUGCCUCCGCUUCUCGUGAGGGAAGUGUUGGCAGCAAAGCCCAGCUGACCAAGUCGAUGACUAUCCGUUAA